UCACCAAAAUGCAUAGUUCUUCUGCAACAAAGUCCGAGAGACCCUCACAAUACACAAUGCGAAGGAUGGCGGAGGAAGUGCAGCCCAUCAAUGAGCAGAGCUCCUGGAUAUUAAGUUGGCUUCCAUCUUGGUGCCCCACUUCUCUUUCUCAGCUGAAAGAUGCAGAGGAAAAAAUGCUCAAGUGUGUGAAGUGUCCAUUCUCCAGGCAGCACGUCCGCAUAUCCAGCGGCAACUACCUGUGGACCUUAGCUUUUCCCACUCAGCCCCAGCCCCAGGGGCGGCCCAGGCCCCCUUUGGUUCUGCUGCAUGGCUUCGGAGGCGGGGUGGCUCUCUGGGCCCAGAACCUGGACUCCCUCUCCAGCGGCAGGCUGGUCUACGCUGUGGAUCUGCUGGGUUUCGGUCGGAGCAGCCGCCCCCAGUUCAGCACUGACCCGGAGGGGGCUGAGGAGCAGUUCCUGGCUGCCCUGGAGGAGUGGAGGGAGAAGGUGGGACUAGAGGAGAUGCUGCUGCUGGGACAUAACCUCGGAGGAUACCUCUCUGCUGCCUAUACACUCAAAUACCCACACAGGGUAAAACAUCUGCUGCUGGUGGAGCCGUGGGGUUUCCCAGCGCGUCCAGAGAAUCCCAACCACAGCACCAUCCCUGUGUGGAUCAGGGCUAUGGGGGCUUUCAUGAGCCCCUUUAACCCUCUGGCUGGACUCAGACUGGCUGGGCCUCUUGGUCCGAUGCUGGUUCAGAUGAUCAGGUCUGAUUUCAAACAGAAAUACUCCUCUGUGUUUGACGACAACACCGUAUCUGACUACAUCUACCAUCUGAACGCCCAGACGCCCAGCGGAGAAACUGCCUUCAAGAACAUGACGAUUCCAUACGGCUGGGCCAAGCGGCCUAUGCUGGAGAGGAUCGGCCAGAUCCGAGCUGACAUUCCCAUUUCCUUCAUCUACGGAUCACGCUCCAGCAUUGACAGCGACUCCGGAUACGCCAUCAAGAAAACGAGGCCGGAUGUUGAAAUCACGGUGAUCAGAGGGGCGGGUCAUUACGUUUUCGCCGACCAGCCGGACGACUUCAACCAAGCCAUCCUCAGGAUCCUCGCCAAGACACAGACCCAAAAGAGUGGAGAUGAGGGAUCGGAAAGCGAAGAGCGAGCCGAAAAAGUGGGGAGCUUGAAGCAGAGCGAGCUGCCUUGUUCAGAAGAGUGACAGAGCACCGGGAUUAACUCAUCCUACACCAGCAGAAUUUAACUGUAAACCUCGUUAUUUGCCUUAUAUUAUUAUCAUCAUGCACUCUCUCAAGGGAGGUCCGACGUUCCUCCCAUUCUCCAGUCUGACACUCUCUAAGGCUUGACGUCACAGGUCUGAUGAUGCCACAGGCUUCUGCCCACUUGCUAUAAUGAGCCUCAUCUGAAUAAGUUUUGUAAAUAAAUGUGAGAUGCAGUCUG